AUGUGGUCAUGGGGCGCUAAUUCACAUGGACAGCUAGGCCUUGAUUCAACAAGUGAACAAAUAGACAAACCCACUGAAGUAUCAACAGAACAUUUAAGUGACAUUCAACAGAUUGCCUGCGGUGGUGGACACACGUUGUUACUAGCUGAAAAUGGAAAACUUUUUUCAUGCGGCUGGAAUUCGAGGAGACAAUUAGGUUAUGAACAGGAAGUUUAUACAUUCAAGAGAGUUUGGGGUUUAAGUGGUAUACAUUUUUUGAACAUAGCAUGUGGCUGGGAUUUCAGCUGCGGUGUUACUGAUGAUAAAUUUUUAUUUGUUUGGGGAUCUAAUAGUUAUGGCCAGUUAGGUCUACCGAAAAAUGAAUUUCCAGAUGAAGUGAAACCAAUUAGGCUACAAGUCAAUGCAUGCGCAGUGUCAAUGGGAUUAAGACAUACAGCAAUAAUAAAUUCGAAAGGCGAAGUAUGGACAACCGGAUGUGGAAGGCAUGGCCAGCUAGGAUUAGGUCACAAUGUAUUAAAGUCAGAUAGAUUUCAAAGAGUUCCUAAAUUAAGUGUUAUUUCUCAUAUAGCAUGUGGACAAAACCAUACCGUAGGCUGGAGUUCUGAGGAAAAAGCUCUAUAUGUGUGGGGUGAUAACAAACAUGGACAAUUACUUCUAUCUUCUGAAAAAUAUAAAAGAAUCUAUAAACCUGAAAAAAUUGAUAUUGAUGUGAAAAAAGAUGUAAAAAAGCUAUUGAGUGGCUGGACAAAUGUGUUGCUCUGGUUGCAAGAUGGAUCUCUUCUCACUUGGGGGAGAAAUAAUUAUGGGCAGUUGGGAACUGAUAGCCCUUUCACUGGAAAAAUUAUACAAAUAAACUUACCAGGUCGAAGACAUGUCAAAGAUAUAGUUUUAGGCUCCGAGCACACUGUAUGUUUAGCUACUGACAACACAUUAUGGGCAUGGGGUUGGAAUGAGCAUGGCAACACGGGAACAUCUCUAGGAGACUGCAUCUUCCAACCUGUUAGGGUACCCAUUGAUAGCAAAAUCAAAAUAUCCCAAAUAUAUGCGGGUAGUGCUCACAAUUUCGUUGUAAUGGAUGACAAUCAAGCAGACAAUACAUACACUCCUGAAGAUAUUGAUUAA